AUGUCCACCGGACGGACUUCUUGGACAAACCUGUCCACUAUUCAGAAGAUAGCAUUGGGCCUUGGGAUCCCAGCCAGUGUAACAGUUGCCUAUAUCCUGUACCGCAGGUAUAGGGAGAGCAGAGAAGAGCGGCUGACAUUUGUUGGGGAGGAUGACAUCGAGGUAGAGAUGCGCAUUCCCCAGGAGUCGGUGAAGCUGAUCAUUGGCCGGCAAGGAGCCAAUAUUAAACAGUUGCGGAAGCAGACAGGCGCUCGGAUUGAUGUGGACACGGAGGAUAUAGGCGAUGAGCGGGUGCUGCUCAUCAGUGGUUUUCCUGUUCAGGCCUCUGGAGCCAAAAUUACCUGUGACAAAGAAUCAGAGGGGACAUUACUACUAUCAAGACUGAUACAAAUCUCAGGAACACAGAAGGAAGUGGCAACAGCCAAGCAUUUGAUCCUAGAAAAAGUGUCAGAAGAUGAAGAACUUCGGAAGAGAAUUGCUCAUUCUGCAGAAACCAGAGUCCCACGCAAGCACCCAAUCAGUGUAAGAAGAGAGGAAAUGAUGGAGCCAGGUGGAACUGGAGAGCCAGCUUUGUGGAAAAACACCAGUUCUAACUUGGAGCAGGCUCUACCAUUGGCUAUUCCUCCCCACAAAGGAGGUGGUGACAUGGCUGUUUUAGGGCCACAGCAAGAAGAAGGUUUCUGGGGGAAACCUAAUGGUGACAGCUUUGAGGAGGAGAAGUCUGGAGCCCAGGCCAGUCCAGAGAUGUCCAUGUUUGAAAUCCCCAGUCCUGACUUCAGUUUCCAUGCUGAUGAGUACCUAGAAGUCUACGUCUCAGCCUCUGAACACCCUAACCACUUCUGGAUUCAAAUCAUUGGCUCCCGCAGCCUGCAGCUGGAUAAGCUUGUCAGUGAGAUGACCCAGCACUAUGAGAACAGUCUGCCUGAAGACUUGACUGUGCAGGUAGGAGACAUUGUAGCAGCACCUUUACCUACGAAUGGAUCAUGGUAUCGUGCCAGAGUCCUUGGCACGUUGGAGAAUGGGAACCUGGACCUCUACUUUGUUGACUUUGGAGAUAAUGGAGAUUGCCCACUAAAGGACCUCAGAACUCUCAGGAGUGACUUCCUAAGCCUUCCAUUUCAAGCAAUAGAAUGUAGUCUGGCACAGAUCGCCCCCUCAGGUGAACAGUGGGAAGCGGAGGCUUUGGAUGAGUUUGACAGACUCACUCACUGUGCUGACUGGACACCCCUGGUGGCCAAGAUCUCUAGCUAUGUCCAGACUGGGAUCUCAACUUGGCCAAAGAUCUACUUAUAUGAUACUAGCAAUGGGAAGAAACUUGAUAUUGGGUUAGAAUUAGUUCGCAAAGGAUAUGCAGUUGAGCUUCCUGAAGACGUGGAAGAAAACAGAGCUGUCCCUGACACAUUGCAAGAAAUGGCUACAGAAACAGAUGUCUCUCUAGGCAGCAUGCUCAGUGAGACCAAGAAGAGCCCUGAAGAGAUAGCACAUACCCUGUCCUGCCUCAGUUUAUCAGAAGCUGCCUCUAUGUCUGGUGAUGAUAACCUUGAAGAUGACUACAUACUCUGA